AUGUCAGCGGGAGCUCCGACUGGUAAUGGAUCCCUACUAAGUGCAACCGAUUUCUUUGGUAAGACGGAUGUUGGCGGCUUGGAUAAAUUCAAGACGAUCGCAUUUCGUGCUCUUCACGAGCAGAAACUCGAGGAGGAGCUGUAUCAAACCAAACAAGAGAACGAGCGACUCAAAGAGGCAAACGCUCAAGUAACCCGCGCCUUGGAAGAGCUUCAAAUAUCGUUCGAAGCCAACAUCGACGAUCGUGAGCGCGUGCUGGCCUUCAAGUCAAAGAAAAUCGAUGAACUGCACAAUAGAGUACGCGAAUACGAAACUAUCAACGCUUCACUGCUCCAAACAAUCAACGGGAGCGGAAGUGCAGAAGGAGACACUAGUAUCUCCCAAAGCAACACUAACACGACUACCAACUCUUCAGCGGAGUCAACUGGAACGGAGACGGAGACCCGCGCUAGGAUGAUGACUCUGAUUAAUGCAGGAAAGCCUCUCUUCCACCCCCUGGACACGUGCAAAGAGCAGGAAUACAAGCAGCUUUAUGAGGAAUCCCAGCGCCAAUGUGCUGAACUGACCCAGACCGCGCUUGAGAACGAGGCUGCUAUACGUGAGACUCGACUAGCAAAAUUUAACAAGCAAGACAGCGACACUCAAAUCGAGCAACUUCAGUCUCAACUCGCAGCGAUGGCGUUGGAAAAAGACGAACUAGAACAUCAUCUGGAACGAAAAUUAAUUCUAGAAAACGACAGAUUACGUCGUGAGAAGGAGGCCGAACUCCAAGCCUUCCACGACGCCAUGCGGACGCAAAUGCGAAUGCAACUGGACGUGACUACACAGCGAACUGUUGAAGAGAAUGAGAGAGUGCAACUCGAGCUGCGUUAUCAGAGCUCGCAGCUUGAAAAGAUGAUCAAACAGAUCGACGAACUUCGCGCGGAGAACAAGCGUACCAAGCAGGAGAUGCACGUGUUUGAAGAAAUGAAUGCAGGACUUAGCAAGAAGCUCAAGUUCUACGAGCAACUAUUUGCAAAAAUGCAGCUGAAGGACGAGCAGAAGUCGAAGCAAGUAGAUAAUCAGCAGCCACGCACACCUGUUGGUCCACCUUCUUCGCGACGGACACCUCGAAAGCCUCCACUACCUGUGUUGUCAACCGUAAACCAGGCGAAGCCUACAUCACCAGAGCCAGCGUUAUAUUGCAUGGGAUCUCCUCACGGCUCCUACUUUACACCUGAGUCCGAGAGUCUUCGAACUAGCAGAUAUACGGAGUUUGAACCUGGUCCGAAUGAUCCGCAAACUCCAUACCAGCUCAACGCUAUCACAGACGUUCUUGAGAAACAUCUACAAAGCCGUGAGUUUACUAAGAAGCAAGUGGUGGCUGUGCUGCGCUAUCAUCAUGAUCAGUAUCAGCGCCGAGAAAGCCCGAGAGCUGUUCGAGACGUGGCAAGAGUAGGAACGAUACCAGUACUCAAGAAAAAGCUCAUGUUAUCUAAGGCAUGUUACUUACCGUCAAGUUACGGACGCAGAAUUAGGGAACCGUCGAUGACACUGGACACUUUGAUUAAGCAGAAGAUAUCCUCACAUCAUUCAUCUGCAGACAGCAACGACUCGAGCGACCGAACGAUUGACGACGAGCAACGUCAAACACUCCAUAACUUGCUACUUCCUGAACUCUCGAAGCAAAAGAGAACAGGUAAGUCUGCAUCAUCGUCAGUAGUUAAAGAUCCUUCGGAAAUGUGGAGAUCCUCAGCAUCUCGAGCGCGCGAUCGACUAGAACUUCAUGACCCACCCAGUACAGCAAGAUUUUAAAUUUGAUGCUUCGCUAAAAUAAACUAGAAAUUUUUCAAAGCUCU